AUGUCGGAUACGACUGCAACGGCUACUGCUAAAGCGAAUAAUGUUAGCAAAUCUUGGCCUCAAGAACAGAAUUGGAUUAAAGAUGUUUUAUCGAAAUCGGGUACAGAAUUAGUGCAAUUAACGUCUAAUAAGGCGGUGAAAAUAACCAAGAAAUUGAUUAAACAAAAUGAAAAGGGUGUUAAAGCUGUAGAUAAACGUGAAGGCGCUGGCGCACACAAUUGGGGUUCCGUUAAGGAUACCAUUGAGGAAGGCAAUAACACUAAUAAAAAUGUUGAAGAAAAUGGCAAUGCUGCUAAUGCUGGUGAAAAGAAUGAAGAAUCGGGUAAUGAACAAGCCACAGAACAAACUCCAGUCGAAGAAGAAGUUAAGGAAUUGACAUUGGAUGAAUGGAAAGCUCAACAGCAGCAACGUGCCAAGCCACAAUUUAAUAUACGUAAAGCAGGAGAAGGUGAAGAUACUACCAAAUGGAAGAAAAUGAUUGUUUUGAAUAAUAGCAAAGCUACCAAGGAAAAGAAGGGUACCGAAAGUGAAGAAGAAUUAGAAUUUGAUCCUGCCAUGUAUCCACAACGUGUGGGUAGACAACAACGUGUUUUAGAUAUACAAUUCAAUUUUAAUGAUGGACGUCGUUUGGGUGGUUUUGGUGGUAGAGGACGUGGUGGUAAUCGUAAUGGACCACGUAAUAAUAAUAAUAAUGCUGGUGCCGGUGCUGCUGUUGGUGGUGCUGGUGAAGGUGCUGCUGUUGCUGCAGCUACACCUAAACCACGUUUUGAGGGUGGUAAUCGUGGUGGUAAUAAUACUGGCACUAAUCGUGCUGCUGGUGGUAAACGUCAAUUUGGUGAUAAACAAAAUGCUGCACCAAAAGUUAAUGAUGAACGUCAAUUCCCUACAUUGGCUUAAAAAACUUAUUUAAGGGAUUUUUUUUUUGUUUUUUUUUCGUUAACAACUCUCCUUUUUUUUAAAGAGAAAGAGAGAGAGAGAGUAAAUAG